AUGCGCACCCUCAUCGUCUUCUCCUCUCUCUUGGUCAUCUUGGCUCAAUGUGGAUACCCGGUUGCCUACCCUACAACGCCAAGCUACGUAACUCCACCAUCCUACCCACUUCCAAAGUAUCCAGCUGCUCCAACCUACUCUGCGGUUCCAGCUCCAUCCAUCAGCAUUUCCGAUGAAACCAGCGUCUACAACGAGGAGGACUCUCAAUCUGAAUUCCGCAAACGUGCCAAGGCUCGUACCAUGAAGAACCGAAAGUUCCAGCGUCGUGCUCUUCAACCAAUCAGAAGAUUCCAGCAGAGAAAGCAUUAA